CGUUCGAUUUGCCCUCCCCGACCUCAUCGGACCAGGAUGCAGGCCUCCCUCGCCCCCACCCGGGUUGCCCUCGGCCGGACCUCCUCCCGCGUGCAGGCCCGCCGGUCCGCGGUGGUGGUGUAUGCCGCCUCCCGCCCCCUGUGGCAGCCCGGCGUCACGCCGCCCGCCCACCUGGACGGCACCCUGCCCGGCGACUUCGGCUUUGACCCCCUGAACCUGGGCGUGAACAAGGAGGCGCUGGACUGGUAUCGCAACGCUGAGCUGCAGAAUGGCCGCUGGGCCAUGCUUGGCGUGGCCGGCAUCAUCUUCCCCGCGGAGCUGACCCGUGUGGGCCUGCUGAACGUGCCCGACUGGGCGGAUGCGGGCAAGGUGUAUGCUGAGAGCGAGAACGCCAUCCCCUUCGCCUCGCUGCUCAUGGUCCAGUUUUUCCUGUUCAACUUUGUUGAGAUCAAGCGCUGGGAGGACAUCAAGAAGCCCGGCAGCCAGGCGGAGGCGGGCAGCUUCCUGGGCUUUGAGAGCGCCUUCAAGGGCUCUGGCGUGAGUGGUUACCCUGGCGGCCCCUUCAACCCCCUGGGCCUCGGCAACAGCAGCAAGGAGUCCAUGGACGACUUCAAGUGGCGGGAGAUCCGCAACGGCCGCCUCGCCAUGAUGGCUUUCCUUGGCUUCCUGGCCCAGCAUGCCGCCACUGGCAAGGGGCCGCUGGACAACCUGGCUGAUCAUCUUGCGGACCCGUGGGCGAACAACUUCUGCUCGAACGGCGUGAGCCUGCCUGUCUCCAUCUUCUGAGGUAGAGAGGCUCAGCUGACGAGAAUCCCGAGAUGCUGAAUUUCCUUCCUUUUUCGCUACAGUAAUUGCUGUGUAACUUCUCGCUGAC